AUGUCAUCAGUCUCGGCUAUAUGGUUACUCACUUCUUUGUUUCUCCUAUUCCAUGUGCUUCCGAUUGAUGCACAAAAUGAAACCACAGCGGCGAAGAGCUGUAGGGAGUUCACCAGCAUAGCUCUGGAUGUGGACAAAUUUAUGGGAACAUGGUACGAGGUGGCACGCCAGCCGUCCAAUGGCCACGCCUGCAUUCAGACUAUCCUCACAGAUACGGGACUAGAUACCGUAUAUAUUCAGACUAGAUACUCGUAUAUGUACGACAAUACUUGGAUCAGUCCAUAUAUAGUGGCAGUUGUUACGGCACUCAACAUGACAACUAGCCCCAGCCCCAAUGGCUAUACUGCCCCCUUCUUACUGGGAAACUUUUUACUGCCCUGGACGACUUAUAAGAUUUUGUCAACGGACUAUGAGAACUAUGCCCUCGUCUGUGGCUUUACGAACGCCACUUCCUUUGGACUUAUAAUGACGCGCGAAAGGCAGUCGAAGCAACAGCUGUUCGAUGCCUUUGAGGUUGCCCUCGAUCCUAUUUAUUCAAAUAUCAUAAACAGUAGCCUCUCAUUCGUCAUGCAAAACGCAACCUGCCUGCCAUCCAGCGCCAGUACUUUUAAGAUUCUAACAACGUUCAAUUCACUAGGAAUGCUCUUUAUAAUAUAUGUUUUAGGCAAAUAA